GGUCAUGCUCUGCAGUGUCAGUCUACUCCGAAGAGCGAAUUUAUGUCACAUGUUAAGAAGAGUCAAAACCAUAGCACUUCUUCAUCCCACCAAGUUCGGCAAAGUAAAUUUAAGAUUAAGAGCCAACCUUCCCAAAAGCCAUCCAAACAGCCCUCAAAACAGAAGGUUCUGAAGCAUCAUAUCAUGUGGGAUGGUUUUCAUAAUCCUGCCACUCAACCAUUUGGAAAAAACUGUCGUUUAUGUAAUGGCGAUCUUGCGUUUUCACCAACAGAUGAUAAAGAAUUAUAUUCUUCUCUUCUUCCAGAGGUUGCUGUUCUUUCAUGUGGACAUGUCUUUCAUUCCCAAUGCUUACUGCUCAACACGUGUAAAGAGCAGCUCAUGGAUCCACCAUGUUUUAUAUGUGUCAAUGGCUAGUCUUGAAUGUAUCAUGUCUAUUUUCUCAGCUAUUCAGCUCAUUUAAAAUGGAGGUGAAAAGAAAAGGAAAAUUUGUGUAGGAAUUGCUUGAACAAUGAUUUGUGGAAUCAUAUAUGCAGAGUGGCUUUCAUUGAUUAGUUCCUUAGAAAAUUCGUGUUUAGAGAUGUAUUUACCCAUUCACAAAUCACAAGCCUACACUAUUUAGGCUUGGUAUUGAUAUUUUCGAAGGUGUCUCUUUCCCUUUGCUCCUUUGUUCCUUGGAAUAUUAUAUAGA